AUGUAUUUGACAAUAUUCAAAAAAGAAAAAAGUGGCUUUUGUCAAGGAGGAUUGAUGGCGAAGGUGAAUAAUAACUUGGGUCGUGGAAUGAUAAAUCCUGUCGCUGGUACUUCAGAGAUAAACGAAGAUGCAGAAACUACUGAUAUAUGUCGAGUGUGCAGAAGUGCUGGUGACAGCGCCCUGUAUUAUCCCUGUCUGUGCACAGGAAGUAUCAAAUAUGUUCAUCAAGAUUGUCUUUUAGAAUGGCUUAAGUAUAGCAAAAAGGAAGUUUGUGAAUUAUGCAGCCAUAAAUAUUCCUUUCAGCCUAUUUAUCGAUCGGAUAUGCCUCAAACAUUACCACUCUCAGAAAUUAUUCGAGGGGUUUUGCUUAAUAUGGGACGCAUAUUACGUUCGUGGACGAUUUAUACACUUGUAUUAAUUGCUUGGUUGGGUAUUGUACCAAUAACAGCUUGUCGCAUAUACAGAAUGGUGUUUUCAGCUUCUUUGUCUAGUGUGCUCUCUUCGCCUUUUCAGCUAUUUUCUAUAGAAAAUUUGUUCAUCGAUUGUAUUAAAGGUUGCUUUAUUGUUUCAAUUUUCCUUUGUGCUUUUAUUUCACUUGUGUGGCUUCGCGAGCAAAUUAUUCAUGGCGGUCCUCAAGAAUGGUUAAAUAUAGAAAUUCCAGCUGUGGGUGGAAAUGCAGAAAAUGUACCAGAUAAUAAUAACGAUCUCUUGGCUGCAGAUGAAGAAGCUGAGAUUGGUGAUAACGAUGAUGUUGAUGGUGAAGAAGCUGUGAAUGGCAGACAUGAGCUAGUUGUGGAACAAGAACAAGAAGGUAUAGCUGUUCAGGAUCAACCAGAAAAUGACAACUGGCGAGAAUGGGAACGAGUCGCUGACGAACUAACUUGGCAAAGACUUCUCGGCUUGGAUGGUUCCUUACUGUUUUUAGAACACGUUUUCUGGGUCAUAUCUCUAAACACUUUAUUCACAGUGUUGUUCGCAUUUCUGCCUUACCAACUCGGUCAUUUUUUUCUCAAGACUCUUGGAUUGGCGUCACAAAUUUCGUAUUUUCCCACUCUUACAUCUGUACUUUUGGGUUACUUUAUUCUUAGCUUGAUUGUUCGCUGUCUUCAUCUCACAGCCAGAAUCUCCAAAUUAGCUCCUGUAUAUCGAAUACUGGGAAUGUCCUAUCUUAUUCUUAAAGUUUUUCUCCUCGUAUUAACGGAAAUCGGUUUCUUUCCAAUUAUAUGCGGUUGGUGGUUGGAUAUUUGUUCUUUGCCCCUAUUUGCUUCAAGUCUGUCACGUCGAAUUGCUUCCUUCACCUUGUCCCCGACAUCAUCACUUUUCAUGCACUGGCUGAUUGGUAUGGUUUAUGUUUUCUAUUCUGCUUCAUUUGUGCUUGUUUUGCGAGAAGUUCUUCGCCCAGGAGUUCUUUGGUUCUUGCGAAAUCUGAAUGAUCCCGAAUUUAAUCCAAUACAAGAGAUGAUUGAACUUCCGGUUAUACGCCAUCUACGGCGUCUGAUUGCAUCAACAUCAAUUUUCUUUACAACAAUUUUACUGGUAGUAUAUGUUCCACUUUGUUUCAUAACGCGUUACCUACCAUCUGUUCUACCAUUCAAUUUAAGCUUGGCUGCCGAAACUCCUCUUAGUGAACUGUCUUUGGAACUGCUUGUUCUGCAAGUCGUACUCCCAGCAUUACUAGAACAAACACAUGCACGAACAAUUCUGAAAACAAUUGUGCGUUCUUGGUGUUGUCUUUUUGGACGACUGUUGCAAUUGGAACAUUAUCUGUUACCAAUGGAAGAAAAUAGGAACGAAGGUCAGCAGCGAGCACGAGCUGAACCACUUGCUGGUCUUGGCCUUGCAGCACAGCAUCAGGCAUUGCUUCUAGUUCGAGAACCACAGGGUUUUCAAGCAUAUCGCAGACCAUCACAUUUUUCACUUCGAGUCAUUGCUUUACUUAUAGCUCUUUCAUUCACAUCAAUGUUAGCAAGCAUUGUGGUCUGUGUUGUACCGGUGACAUUUGGACGUUUUAUUGUUCACAAAAUAUCAGGUCAAACGAAUGUACAUGACCUAUAUACGGUAGCAGCUGGAUUGUAUGGUUGUUGGAUCCUCGUCAAAUUUUUUUUCUUAGUUUUCGAAUAUGCACCCCAAGGAAAGCAUUUCUUAUUAUCAGCUUUCCGUAACUUGGCAUUAACAGCCGUUAAACUUUGCGCAGUAUCUGUUCCAGUCCUAAUAGUUAUCCCAUUUUUGGCUGGGAUUUCGUUCCAUCUUGCUGUAGUUAGUCCAAUACGCAUUGCUUCUCAUCAAACAUCGAUUCUUUUUCCUUGGCAACACUGGGCAAUGGGAAUUCUACAUUGUAAGAUAUUUUGCGCUGCAGUUAUGAUGGGACCUGAAUGGUGGAUGAAACAUGUUUUCGAACAGUUAUAUGCUGACGGUAUUCGUGGUCUAAGAGUUCGUUAUUUGUAUAAACAACUAGUUAUACCUAUUUUUGCAUGUUUAGCCAUUCAUCUUUCUGCUCCUCGCGUUAUUUGUUCGUUAAUUUCUUUGCUUCUCGAUGUUUCUAACGAAGAACAAGUAAUAUUUUUACGCUAUUCCUAUCCAUCCAUAUUACUCUGUGUUUUCUGCACCUAUUUCGUUUAUUGGCAGUGUUCGAAAAUCAGAGCCUUGACAGAAAAAAUACGAAAUGAUAAGUAUGUUGGAACUCAGUUGGUAAACUAUGAAAGACAACAACUGGAAGCGAACCAGUAA